UAGCCAAAGAUUCGGCUCGGUCAUGGGAUCAGCUGUGUCCAAUCACAGCUGAUCUCAUGGGACAUGUACACUGAUCAUCAGGGCACUGAUGAUCAGUGUGCCCUGAUGAUCAGUGUAGCCCCAGCAGUGCCAGCUGUCAGUGCUCAUCAGUGCCACCUGCCAGUGCACAUCAAUGCCACAUAUCAGUGCCUACCAGUGCACAUCAAUGCCACAUAUCAGUGCUCAUCUGAGCUGCCUAUCAGUUCCAGUCAGUGCCACCUAUCAAUGCCAGUCAGUGCCACCUAUCAGUGCUGCCAAUCGGUGCCACCUAUCAGUGCCAGUCAGUGCAGCCUAUCAGUGCCAGUCAGU